UCAGUCGAGCGGGGCGCGGUCGCUGUCAGUCGUCACGGAGUGUAGCUGGUGCUUGUCAUACGGCCGCCAUUAUCUCAUACAAAUUCACAAAAUCAAUUUAAUUGUACGUAUCGUUACGCGUUAAAGUGUAGUGGAUGAAGUAAUUGUGAAAAUCACGAGAUUGUAAUACAUGCUACUGUGCUGUGUCAUCAAGUCAAGCUUGUGCUAAGUGGUAACAGUUAGGUUACAGUGUUGAGUGUUAGCCAAGUAGGGUGGCUCCGGUAAAACCGGAGGCGCAGGACGCGUGUGGAGCGUAUGCAGAGGGAGCGGUGAGAUCGCGCCCGGCUCGGGAGUCGGGGCGAACGGCGGCUGGGCUAAGGAACAACUGCCGACAUGGGGUGCACUCAGUCGGCUGAGGAACGCGCGGCAGCCGCUCGGAGUAGGCAGAUUGAAAGGAACUUGAAAGAAGAUGGAAUCCAAGCUUCCAAAGAUAUAAAACUUUUGCUGCUAGGUGCUGGUGAAUCUGGAAAAAGUACGAUAGUUAAACAAAUGAAAAUUAUUCACGAGAGCGGCUUCACAAAUGAGGACUUCAAACAAUACCGGCCGGUGGUUUAUAGCAAUACAAUCCAGUCACUUGUCGCCAUUCUGCGCGCGAUGCCUAAUCUGGGCAUCACCUAUGGGAACAAGGAUCGUGAGAGUGACGGCAAGAUGGUGUUCGACGUCAUCCAGCGAAUGGAGGACACGGAGCCGUUCAGCGAGGAACUGCUGGCUGCCAUGAAGAGGCUCUGGGCUGAUGCCGGUGUUCAGGAGUGCUUCGGGCGUUCUAACGAGUAUCAACUCAACGAUUCAGCUAAAUAUUUCUUGGAUGAUCUGGAUCGGUUAGGCGCCAGGGAUUACCAGCCCACGGAGCAGGAUAUCUUAAGAACCAGAGUCAAAACCACCGGAAUCGUAGAAGUUCACUUCUCCUUCAAAAACCUUAACUUUAAAUUGUUCGAUGUGGGUGGUCAACGGUCGGAACGGAAGAAAUGGAUCCAUUGCUUCGAGGACGUGACCGCGAUCAUAUUCUGUGUCGCCAUGUCCGAGUACGACCAGGUGUUGCACGAAGAUGAGACAACGAACCGUAUGCAAGAGAGUCUGAAACUGUUCGAUUCGAUCUGCAACAACAAGUGGUUCACCGACACCAGCAUCAUCCUCUUCCUCAACAAGAAGGAUCUCUUCGAGGAGAAGAUCCGCAAAUCGCCUCUCACCAUCUGCUUCCCGGAGUACACGGGUGCCCAGGAGUACGGCGAGGCGGCCGCCUACAUCCAGGCGCAGUUCGAGGCCAAGAACAAGUCCACCACGAAGGAGAUCUACUGCCACAUGACAUGCGCCACCGACACCAACAACAUCCAGUUCGUGUUCGACGCCGUCACCGACGUCAUCAUCGCCAACAACCUCCGCGGCUGCGGCCUCUACUAGGCUCGUCCGGCGUCCCGGCGUCCUCCGGGCGCGUCCGGCGCCGCGACGGCGUCGCGAAACUCUCCGAAGGUCUCGUUUCUUUCGGCGAUGUAGUUUUCUUUCGAUUGUUUUUCCGCUUCGGAAGGGUUUCCCGCGCCGCUCCUCCGUAUUCGUUCGUCGUUUUCCGUUCGUGUCGAGAUGCGCCGCCGCGGCCCUUCGGCGCGUCCAGAGUUCGGUUCUACCGGUUCGGUUCGGGUGCCGGACGCGUCGGUCGGGUCGGACGCCCUCGAGCUCGUCGUCUCGCGGCCCGUCCCCGAAGGGACCGAGGCGGCGCCGAUCGGCGAGAGGCCUACUAUCAUUCCAUUGACCGUUCCUCUCCUGAGAUAUUUAUUUUUUAUAAACUUUACGGUGUCUCGCGUUUCUUUCGUGUUCGUGUUUUCCCUAUGUCGCUCUGCGAACAACUGUGAACGAGGUCCGCGCGUCGGAGGCGAGUUUGGCGGAGCCGGGCGAGCGAGACGCGCAUGUAGAGCUGUCUCCGCUCGCGGGUCGGCGCCGGCUCCGUUAUAUAUACUAUUUAACAUAAUUUAUUAUCGAUAAUAAAGAAAUCUUACUUUAAGCGUUAGGACAGUAACCGUACGGAUAAACCUUAAUUAAUAAUAAUAAUGCAAUUAGAGUAACCUUCGCCGUCGUCGUAGUCGAGCGGUUCGUUCGCACCGCGUCGACGCGUCGCGCGGAGAGCGGUCGCUCGAAGGAAGCGCGCGGACCGCUCCCUCCCUCUGCCGAACCAAAGAUUUCCGAUGCUUUCGAUUCAUUCAACCGAUCACCGAUCACCGAUCGCUCCUGACGGCUGACUAUUUUUCGUUGAUCCGGUCGCCGUUCGUUCAAAUCGGUCGAGCGGUCCGCGGACGAGCGUCGGCUCGCUUGUUGCUAGGUAGGUUUUUUACUGUUAUGUAACGAUGUGUGUCGGGAGAGCGAAGUAAUAACCAUUAGCGCAGUUGACGUCGAGCGCCGUCUCUCUUCGCCCGAGCGAAUGAGCUGCCGCUGUUCCAUCGCUCCAAACUUUUAUUUGUAAGGCUCCUCACUCCGCUGUCGAAGCUCAAAUCUGGCGAAUGCGUUUCGGCAAUCGCUUGUUCAUUUUUGCCAAAGUUGAUAUUCCUAUACGUUUGAAGGACUGGCAUUCGGCGAGAGUCUUUAGAUUUGGUCGACAUGAACUUGGCGCACGCGAGAGCCGCGGGCUUCGGCCUUCGGCUGGAGACGUGGAGAAGUGGAGAAGCGACGAGGCCGAGCGGCUCGAGUCGAACAAAUGUUUAAAGAAAUAAAAGUUUUAGUCACUAGCGGGUAAUUUUUGAAUGUGAUUCAAUCUUAUCUUUAUUUUUCUAUAUCGAGUGACUUUAUUGUUAGUUUAUUUUUCAAAUUGUGUUUUGUAAUGCAUUUAUUGAGAGCGAUGUAUUUAACCAACGAUGUAAUUAAAACAAUAUUUUCUCUUUUGUAUCUCAUCUGCACUGGUAUUUUUUAUUGAAUUUACUAUAAAUGUAC